GUCAGGCACGCGUCUCCGCAGGCAAUUAUACACACGCAGGAAUGCAUUGUAUUCACUCAUCCACACUGUCCUCCGCUGUCGAUUGCUCUCCAACCACAAACUGACCGCACACGCAGACAAGUGGACAAGAAUCGAAGACAUGAUUUGGACGCCGUCCCUUCUCUCUGAAUGUUUACCUCAGUAUCGUCGUGACGGUUUGGAAGGUCACCAUCAUCCUGCUGCAUCAUCACUACUUCCUCAUCCACCGAACCCACCGAACCCUCAGCAACUCUUCACGCACAACACAACAACAACAACAACAGAGAGCAGAAUGAUGUACAACACCACCUUUGUGUGCUGUGCCUUCCCUCCCAUCACACCUUUCAGCCAUCACACCGGCGAUUUCCUCGUCCACUUCCCCAUCGCCAUUGCCCUCUGCUUCUUCGAGAAUGGCCUGCACGGUCCUCUGAUGGUCUGUCUCUAUUUCAUGGAUGGUCUGCUGCGCGACUGCCAAGUUGUACUCGAGUUCCUCGAUCUGUCUGGCCCGCUUCUCGCCGAGCUUGGUCUGCUUGUCCUGCACACCUGCCACGAGGGUGGUCAGCCGCCGCGCAUCGGCCCCCAGGGCCUCGCUGACCGCCUUCAAGUCCACGCCACUCUUGUCUGCAGCGCCGAACAGAUGCGCUAUGUCGCGCUGGCCGCGAGGCGUGGAUGCGUGCGGGCCCAGGUCAGCGAGUGUGCCGCUGCAGUGGCGGACGACGUCCAUGUACUGCUGCAGCUGCGGCAGGAAUGUGUGCUGGAGGGUGUCCAUGGAUGAUCGGUGCCUCAGCAUCAGCUCGCGAAGGGCAUCAAGCUCAGUCUGGGUGGCCUCGUGCGCCUUGACCUUCGUCUCGAGCACACUCUGACCACACACACACACACACACACGCACACACACACACGAGACCAGAUGGGCCACAAGCUGGGAUUUCUCUCUGUCUGCUGUCGGUCAAUCACCUGGAAGUCGUCCCGCUGCUGCACCAUGUCCUGUGCGAUGAUAUCCUUGGCGAAGCGAAGCUCCUCCCGAGCCUCCUGCAGCUGCCGGCUGUGCUCUUGCUCCAGCACACACCGCACCUCAGCACAGCGGCCCUCGAUCUCACGCACGGCAGCCUCGCGGACGCGCUCGCGGUAGGCAGAGAAGGCGCUCUCUGAGCCCCCGGACGCAGCACACAGCUCCUGAAGACACGUGUGUGAAUGGUGGGUGCAUCACGUUAGGCUGGUCACAUGUGUGGGCAGGCAGGAUGUGCUCACGUCGUUCUUCUUUUGCAGCGCUGCGCAUUGCUGUUCCAGCCGCUCCGAUCGGUCGCUGGCCGCACUGGCCGCCUUCUCUGCCUCAUGCAAGCGGGCCUGACACAAACACCAACUCCACCGAUACAGAUGCUUUUGGGCACUGUCUGUGUUGAUUUCCUUUGAUCACCUACCUGAAGCUCAUUGUAUUGUUCCUGUGUGUAUUGGUGGGUCUUGUCCUGGGGGUCUGCCAGCUUCUGGCGAAGCGUGUUGAGCUCCUGAUCAACAACGAUGAGACAACAGUACCGAGAAGGGGGAUCACGCUAUGUCUGCAUUCACCUCUGCUUGUCGGCGCAUCUGACGCUGACAGACAGACAGACAAGGAACGAAUGCAAUGCCUCGGUCGAGGCGCCUCUCCGUGUCUGUUAGCGUACAUCUUUCGCUUGGCAUCGAUCAGUGAUCUCUCGGUUGCGGACCUGCUCGGCCUUCAACGUCGUCUGCACACACAUGCGCACACAACGCGUUCUCAACAGACGAUGUGGCCUUGAGUCUGUCUUGGCGUGUGCGUGCCUUGAACCGCGACUCGUUCCUGUCCUUCUCAUCGCGUAGGGACUGCAAGUCACUCUGAAUGACACGUAUGUGUGAUGGGGAAUGCAUUCAUGGGGAUCACCUCUUGUCCGUGUACCUCCCGCUGAUGGAGAAGCUUCCUGAAUUCUCUUAUCUUGCGCUGCAGCUGGUGAACCUCGGCCCUGGCCUCCUGGUAUGCACUCGACUGGUUCUUCUGGACAGAAGACACACACAGACAGCCAUGUCUUUGUGUAGGGACACUCCCUCCCUCCCUCCCUCCCUCCCUGUCUGUCUGUCUGUCUGUCUGUAAGUUGCUUACCUUGUGCUGUUCCCGGCUCGCUUCCACCAGCCGCAUCAACUCAUCCAUCUUGUCACGUAUACCCUGACACAAACACACGAUGCAACACGCACAGCACCCUCCCCGCCCACCCACCUUAUGCAUGACGGCCUUCUUGCCUUCUCCCCAUCUGUUGGGCCACACGGGGCGGUUGGGAGGCUGCUCAGUGGGAACCGGCGGGACUGGCCGCCCCGACACACCAGUGGACGUCCGCUUCAGAUGUCGAGAGGGGGCCGUGCUCAUAGACGUCGACAGGGAAACCGCAUCACUACUGGCAUGGAGAGUCCUGCGUUUGGCCAUGCGGGCGGCGGUGUGUGUCAUGGGUCGCUCGUCGGGCACCGCGUGGGGCGCGUUGAUGUUGCUGGCGGAUGGACGCCGCUGGAUCCCCUCCCGCAUCUCGGUCAGGUCCUCCUCCAUCACCCCACAGGCAUGAUGCAACUGCCCCUGCAAUGCCAACACACACACAUACGAACAGGGCGUCUGUUGGGUCUUGUUGCAUACCUGAAUAUCGUGUAGGAAUACUUUAAGAGAUCCCCCAUCGCCACUACUAUCCUCAUGCGACUCGUCCGCCCCAUCAUCCCCCCCAACCUCGGCCGUCAGAGCGCUAUCGUCUUCAUUGCCUGCCGUCCACUCCCCCCGACCACCCGCACCACCCUCAAGGCCCCGCGUCACGGUCCACGGCCUCUCGGGCAGCGGCGGCAACACAGCCGAAGCGCCGCCCUUGGCCCCCCUACCCAUCUCUCCGACAGUGUCGGAGUGGGCGUGCCGCGCCACGCUUCUCGUGCCGAUGUCCAGCAGGUUUCGCGUGGACGACGGGACGGUCUUGGGCGGCAGGGGGGAGAGGAAAGACGCGUCAAUGUCGGGGGGCGGGGAGCGGCUCGACGCGAAUAUCGACGGCAGAAGGGGACGCGACCUGGCCUGCUGCUGCUGUUUGGUGGUGAGUGGCGGCAUCGUGUGGGCCAUCAUGAACUUGUGAGUACUCCCUCCGUGGUCGCUCGCCGUCUUGCGCACACGUCGAGGCGGCGCCAGCCCGGGCCCGAUGGGUGUCUUGUUGGACGCCGUGAAGGGCAUUUGGUCGGGCAUCUGGAUCUGCUCGAAGGGGCUAGCGUGUUUGUGCGAUGGCACAACGACGGUGUGCGAGCGCGGCACGGGCUCGACGGACUGGGCGCGGGGGAGGGAGAUCGGUUGGGGGGGUGAGUCGGCCGAAGAAGCCUGGCGCGAAACGUCAUGAUCACGCUGAGAAGGCGAACACCGCGGAGCGAAGUGGUACAACAAUGUGGCGUAUGCGCGUGGUUUUGUAUACCAUACCUUGGUCAGCCUCCGUGUAGAUGAAGGCGGGGCUACAGGGGCAGCCUGACCACCACCAUAACGACCGCUCUGACCUGCAUUCGUCGACAUUACCCAUGGAGAAGACGCAUGUAUCGUGCGGGGUGCGUUUCUCUACCGCGCAUGAAUGGAGGAUGCGAGGCCACGGAAUCUUCCACCAAUGGCAUGCGAUUGGCGAGCAGCCCUGUCCGCAUCAACAUGGAUGGCUGCGUGUUGGCGUCACGGUAGAUAUGGAGCAGGACCCUUGGUUGACUGGUGC